AUGACAAACAAAGAAACGGGCAUCCACCAAGAAAAUGGAACGCAUCUCAUUCCAGACGCAAUGGUUCCGCCCAACAAAGAAACGCCUCCCGCCACGGAAAACCUUCGAAUCACCCCCGAGAGAGACGUGUGGGGUAAUGGAAUGGAAUUUGUCUUGGCGUGCGUAGGAUUCGCUGUGGGCUUGGGCAAUAUUUGGCGAUUUCCAUAUUUGUGUUAUAAGAAUGGAGGUGGAGCGUUCCUGAUUCCUUAUUUCGUAUAUGCGAUCGGAGGUGGAAUUCCGAUGAUGUUCUUGGAGGUGGGAUUGGGACAAUUCAUGAGCCAAGGGAAUAUUUCCAUCUGGAAUAUUUGUCCCAUAUUCAAAGGCAUUGGCAUUGGCUCCACCGUGAUGACGGCGAUGGCAAAUAUUUAUUACAUUGUGGUAUUCUGUUGGGCCCUUCACUACUUCUUUGCAUGUUUUGGAUCGAGUCUUCCUUGGGCUUCUUGUGGCAACCCAUGGAACACAGUUCAUUGUCUUGAUAUUGGGUCCAAUCGUUCUGAAAUUGCAGACAAAGUCACUGACCCAGCUGUAGAAUAUUGGGAGAACCGGGUUCUUGGCGUGACCAAUGGCUUGGAGGAGGUGGGUGGGUUACAAUGGGAACUUGUCGGGACCCUUUUUCUGGCUUGGAUUAUGGUAUACUGUUGUAUAUUCAAAGGCGUUCGAUCCACCGGGAAAGUGGUCUAUUUCACGACUACUUUCCCCUACCUUAUGUUAAUUGUGUUGUUCAUUCGGGGCGUCACUCUGCCGGGUGCAAUGGACGGACUCAUCUUCUAUCUCAAACCAGAUUUCACCAAACUGUUGCAAUCUCAGGUAUGGAUAGAUGCUGGAACUCAGGUGUUCUUUUCCUAUUGCGUUGCCAUUGGAGGGUUGGUAGCCUUGGGAUCCUACAAUGAAUAUCAUACGGACUAUGUGCGAGAUUGCACAAUUAUUGCAAUAAUAAACUCCAGUACGUCUCUCUUCGGGGGUCUCGUGAUUUUCUCUGUGCUUGGUUACAUGAGUUUCGUUUCCGGAAUCCCUGUGAACGAAGUUGCAGAAUCGGGUCCCGGGUUAAUUUUCAUCGUUUAUCCCAAGGCCGUCUCAUUGAUGCCUGGAGCUCACAUUUGGGCAAUUUUGUUCUUCCUCAUGAUAGUGAUAGUGGGUUUCAACUCGCAAUUUGUAGCUUGUGAAGGAGUCGUAACGGCCAUCAUGGAUCAAUUCUCGGAGCAUUUCAAUUUUCGUUAUGCCCGUGAAAUCACCGCCGGACUCUAUUCCUUGGUCAGUUUCCUGCUUGGUUUGUCGAUGGUAACAAAAGGCGGUAUCUAUGUGUUUCAAAUCUUUGAUUAUUAUGCUGCAAGUGGGAUGGUAUUGUUAUUCUUCAUCUUAUGUGAGUGCGGAGCCAUUUCCUGGUUCUACGGUGUGACUAGAUGGAGUAACAACGUAGAAGAAAUGAUUGGUCGGCCAGUAAACCUUUGGAUCAAAUUCUGCUGGACUUUCUUCACUCCAUUUUU